AUGUCCAACUCAUCCUCGUUCCUCUGUUCUUCGAUUGACCUCUCAAUUUCCACAGGUGUUAUUACCUCAGUCCUCACCAAUCCAAUCUGGGUGAUCAAAACUCGCAUGUUGUCAACAGGUUCCCAUGCUCCGGGAGCGUAUUCUUCGUUUGUAUCUGGGGCAAAAGAAAUUUACCAGGUGGAUGGAAUACCCGGCUUCUAUCGAGGUCUCAUACCGGCCCUAUUUGGCGUCAGUCAUGGUGCCCUUCAGUUUAUGGCGUAUGAGCAGUUGAAAGUCUUCAGGUUGCGGUCGAUGAGUGCCAUAAGCCCAAUUGGGAGCGACCAUUUGGGCACCAAACGGGUGCUGGGUAAUUUUGAUUUCUUUGCCAUUUCCGGUCUAUCAAAAGUAUUCGCUGGCAGUGUGACGUAUCCUUACCAAGUAGUUAGGUCCCGGUUGCAAACUUACGAGGCCCAUCUCAUCUACCGGGGGGCCAUCGAUGUCUUUUCCCAGAUAUGGGCCCAAGAAGGCAUCGCAGGUUUCUAUAAGGGUCUUGGUCCAAAUCUGUUCCGGGUACUUCCAAGCACAUGGGUGACCUUCCUGGUAUACGAGAAUGCCAAGGUGUACCUAUCCCGGCUGGCGCAAAAUUCCUGGAAUCCUUCCUACUAA